AUGGCGCCAAAGGCCCUUAUCCCUUUCCUGGUGGGCAUGAUGCUGCUCACCGGUGUCUGCAAUACGCUCUUCACCAAGUAUCAAGACAAUCAAUGCGUCCGGAACUGCGACGACCCAAAUCCCAAGAAGCGGCAGCCGUUUGAGCAGCCCGUGCUUCAGACGGCGCAGAUGUUCAUAGGAGAAGUUGGAUGUUGGAUUGUUGUCGGGCUAAGGCUCGCGUACCAACGCUACGCGAAUAGGAAGACUCCGGCUGCCAACGGAUACCAGGCAAUCCCUAGGGGGGACGCCGAAGUCGAUGAUAACGAUGAUGCUGCUAGCAUUAAUUCGGAACAGGCGCUUAUUCUUCCCAAUCCUCCGAUUAAGAGCAAUGUUGGUGUAGUCGAUGGGCCCCUAAGGGGCUUUGGCAUAAUACUCCUUUCGCUACCAGCUAUAUGCGAUAUCCUCGGCACGACGCUUGUGAACGCAGGUUUGUUCAUGGUAGCUGCCUCGAUCUACCAGAUGACUCGUGGUGCCUUGGUGCUGUUUGUCGGCUUGUUCAGCGUUUUUUUCCUGCACCGCAAGCUGCACUUAUUCCAAUGGGUUUCCCUCGUUGGUGUCAUGAUUGGUAUUGCGCUAGUUGGACUUGCGGGUAUUAUCUGGCCUGAUGCCAAAGCAGAGGCCAGCAACGCCUUGUUCCAGGCUGCGGAAGAUGUCGCUACUGAUGAGGGCCUCCGUGCUGCGUUGGGUGUUAUUCUCAUUGCCUUCGCGCAAAUUUUUACCGCUACACAAUUCGUUCUCGAGGAGUGGUUGCUAGAGCGUUCCAAAAUCGACCCCAUCGAGGUUGUUGGGUGGGAAGGUCUCUUUGGUCUUGCUGUUACCCUGAUCUGUAUGCUGGUACUACACCUCACCAUCGGGAGAUCUGAUGCUGGCCGCUACGGAAUGUUCGAUAUGGUUGAGGGUUUCCGACAGAUGACGGAGUACAGAGCUGUGUGGGUGUCUAGUGUACUAACUAUGAUCUCUAUUGGUGGUUAUAAUUUCUUCGGCCUCUCCGUCACUCGCAACGUCAGUGCAACAGCGCGAUCGACUAUUGAUAGCUGCCGAACCCUGUUCAUUUGGAUGAUUUCCCUCGGUCUCGGGUGGGAAGGAUUCAAGUGGCUGCAAGUUGCCGGAUUCGUCUUGCUAGUGUACUUUACUUUCUUGUUUAACGGCGUCGUACGCCCGCCGUUCAAAUUCCUCGAGCCAAAUGAGGAAGUAGAGGAGUUGCUCCCCGAAGAACCUAUCGAGCAUAACUAG